AUGGCGGACAGGGCGUCUUCAAGACCAAGAGCUCAAUCUGAAGCAGCCAGACUCCGAGACGAAGAGCGAAUGCAAGCCCGCCCUUCACCAACACGCAGCGUCGGAGGUGGUAGACGACCCUCUGGACUGGCAACAGAAGGCUCGGGUCUGCGUCACCGUAACACAGGACUCUCUCGACGAAGCCGCACAAAUCGUGUAUCCAGCUUGUCAUCACGAACGACGCUCGCUAACCGCACAGGAGGCAACUUCACUUUUGCCGGGCCAGAGGAGACGUCUCAGCUCCGAGCGGCACAUGAGCCCUUUGUGCACCCCGGAUACACCGAUCUCAAUCCAGAAUAUGAGCAGCCCCCGAAUACGAAGCCAGUAUGGAGUUUGGCGAAGCCUCUGCCUCGGGUCGUUAGGCCGGGGAUGGUCCCAACGAAGGAGGAGAUUUUGCAGGGUCGUACGACUGAACGGCCACCAUUACCGGCAGAAAACUCACAGAAACAAGGGCUGGAUGUCGAUCCAAAUGAGUUGGAGGCUGGCCGGAUCGAGAAGGCUGAUCCGAAGAAGAUGGCGGCGCAGGUGGACGACGCGCGAAUACAGAGGGAGAACAAUUUCGUGAACAAGAUUCUGACCGGGGACGUUGGCACGACGAGGAUAUCGCGUACCUCGUCAACAGCAAUCAGACGGCCCUCCGGCGUUCAAAUUGAACCGCGCCCAUCAGAGCAACUCUCCGCAGUCCCAGAAGGUGAGGGCCACGAUUCCUCGCAGUCGCCCCCUGACGACACAGGUCAUGACCUAAGUGAUGAACCCCUCCAGGACGUACACAUCCCAGAGGAGCCCCCAUCACCCGAGAUAAGCCCCGAUCAGCUUGAUUUUGAUGAAGCUGCGUACCCGGAGGACCUGCACCCGCUCGUCCAGGACCUCGUCGAGGAAGAAGUUCACAACAACCACACAGUCUGGAGCGUCAUUCGCACACACCACCGCGAAGCCCUCGCCGAAUCUCUCGCAGUUUUCAUCCAGCUCACUGUUGGCCUCGCCGCAGAUCUCAGCGUCACCCUCGGCGGAACCACAAACCCCAAUACCACAGCCUGGGCCUGGGGUUUCGCAGCCAUGAUGGCAAUCUACAUCUCUGGUGGCGUCUCCGGUGCACACCUUAACCCAACCAUCACGUGUAUGCUCUGGUUUUAUCGCGGAUUUCCCAAGCGGAAAAUGCCAGAGUACUUUGCGGCCCAGUUUAUUGGCGCGUUUGUUGCCGCGCUUGCAGUCUACGGGCUGUACCACGACUCUAUAAAUGAAUAUCUUUCCAUCAGCACAAGCAGCACAAGCAGUACAACAAACGUCCUCAACAGCUUCGUCACAUCCCAACGCAACCCUUGGAUCAACCCGCAAACGGCCUUCUUCAACGAGUUCCUCGGUACAGUCGUGCUCACUGUGACCGUGCUUGCGCUGGGCGACGACCAGAACGCGCCACCAGGCGCAGGAAUGAACGCCCUGGUCGUCGGGCUAAUGGUGUACACGCUGAGCAUCACAUUUUCCUACCAGACUGGUGCUGCACUAAACCCAUCGCGUGAUUUCGGGCCAAGAUUAGCACUCCUAGCCCUAGGCUAUGGAAGCGACCUCUUCCUCAACCCGUACUGGUUCUAUGGACCCUGGGCAGGCAGCUUCUGUGGCGCCUUUAUUGGCGCCUUUCUUUAUGAUUUUAUGAUCUUCACUGGGGGUGAGAGUCCGGUGAAUUAUCCGUGGGAGAGGACUGAGAGGGCGAUGAAGCGGAGUAGGGAGAAGUGGGGGAGGAGGUUAAAGAAGGGCUUUAAGAGACAGAAAAAGGGCGGGCUUGAGAAGGAGGUUGCUGUAUAA